UUCAGUUGUAGUGUUUUUCGUUCUUUGAAUACCUGCUGCAACCGGAAGAAAAGCAAUGUACGUCGACGUUAAUCUCUUUUCAUUGCAAAAGAACGGCCGGUUCGCGGCGGUGUGGUUGGCCGCAACCAACAAAACUUUAUUUCGUCGGUACAUCAAACGUGGACAGUGCGAAAAGAUCGACAUCGAUGACAUUUGUAAAUUAAUCAUCGAUUGUGCAAAUACCAACAAACCCUUGAUUAUGGUAGCCAAGCUUGCAUACGGUGCUGUAUAUAUAUAUCAACAGCAGGUUCAAUUCCUGUAUGAUAAGGUUAGCACUGCAGCAUGUCAUCAGACUGCUGCGCUUCUGGACCUCAGACAUUCAUACAACACGAAUGUUCAAAAUUCAUCUGCAACUCGUAAACAUGCUAGUCGUGUCAAAUCAAACCUGGAAGAAAGGUAUGACGAAUGUCUGGCGGACACUAUUCUUUCGCCUGAGGAAAUUAUUUUGCAAUUGUUGGCCGAUAAGCGAAGUACAAACGUUACUAGUAGCGAUGAUAUCACCUUGCGGGAACCGACUAUUGGAACACUUUGUUCUAUCACUGAAACUACCCUACAUGAAGAUAACGGAUUUGGCGAGAUGAAGUUGCCAGAGUACAACGAGUUUCUUGGAACGCCAUCGGUAGAUUCGUCACAGAAUGCCACCCGUCAUGACUCAAGUAUCGCAGAGUACACCACCGACGUAGGGGAAUCAGUUUUGGAUGACCUUUCACAGAGUGUUGAUCAAACCAUUCGAGGAACGUCGAUCACUGAGCCUCAAUUAGACUGUCCUUCGAUGGACAUUAUAGACAUGCCCAUCGCAAGUACCAGUUUAUCACAGUUGCAACCCGUUCAUGACUCUUCAGGAAAUGAUGGUCACUAUUUGGCAGUAGAUCAGCAUUUUUAUUGCCUUGAUGAAGACACAACGGUGACGACACCACCACAAAGCUCAACACCUUUGCUUUCGGAAAAUUCUAAAAACUUGCAACCAUGCACUACAAGGAAAUCUCAUCAGCGGCAUUCUAACAUCGACAAGAAAACUAAACUUGAUUUUAAACAUAUGAAACGUGCAAUAGAAGACUGCAGCAAGACCCGGCGCUGCAAGAAUCCUCGCUUCGAUAUUAUCCCACUGAUGCAGAUACGUUAUCCCUUUGAUAUUGCGAUGACGAUUUUACAACACCCUGUCAGAAACAUGCGAUCGUCACUGCUCCCUAGUCUGUUCACACGCAACGCCCGAAAACGAAACAUGGAUAUCGAGGACAUUCUACAGGAACAGUGGUACGGUGAUUUAGAGAUAAAGAAACGAAAAAUAUCCAGAAAAGAACCGGCACUUACUCGACCAAUUGAACGACCAUUACCGCCUAAAAGCCCCAUCGAUUCAGGGAUCAGAAUUCAUUUGGACCUCAACGCAAUCCAAAACCAAGAAAUCGAAGUCAUUCAAGCAGUACAGGAGCUUGCAAUCAAUGAACAGAUCAGUGCCAACGAUAUUUCACUGGUGAACGAGUCUACAAUAGCGUGCAUUGCGCAAGAAGUGCAAGAGUUCAAUGAAACGAUAGUGAUAGAUCUCUUAUCACGACUGUGGAAUAAGAAUGAAUGUCCAGCGUCUAUGAAGUUUGUCGAGAACUUGUUUUCAAGUAGACUGGCUGCAGCUUCUUUCUUUUCAACUAUUUUAGUUCUGAUUGCUAAACAAAUGGUACGGGUAAGCAAGAACGAAAGGAAUGAAAUCGUCGAUAUACAACUACAAUCGCAAUAUAACUAAACAGUUACUUUU